CAAAUCCCACAUUGCAUUUCGAAUCCGACGUGUCGACGUUCCCAGCGCGCCGACGUCACUUGACCGCCGCGGAACGACGGAGACAAACAGAGAGAAGAUGGCGGCGGCUGCAGGAGACGGGCAGGAUAACGAUUUGGACGAGCUGCUGGACAGCGCUCUCGAUGAUUUUGACAAGCCCAAGCUCCCUGCAGCGCCACCUGGUGGCGAGGGGGUCUCUGACGCGACGCCUUCACCUGCAGCUGCUUCUGCGGGAGACAGUGAGAAACGCCCCCCUCUGUUUGAAGACCAGCAGUUCUUCGAGGCGCUCUUCGAAGGAGAAUUGGCCAAUCAGGCGCGAGACGAGUUUGACAAGGCCAUGAAGGAGCUGGCCCAGGAGGAGCCUCAGCUCGUGGAGCAGUUUCAGCGCCUGUCGGAGGCAGCCGGCAAAGUCGGAAGUGACGCGUCUUCACAGCGGGAGUUCACACACUGCCUGAAGGACACUCUCAGCGGAUUGGCUAAAAACGCAGACGACUUGCAGAGCUCCGGAUUGGCCGGCGAGGACCUGGCCCACACGCUGCAAGGCUUGGGAUUGGACGAAGGGAUUGGAGCAGGGGAAGGGGGCGGGGAAGACGCCAACAUUCUACCCAUCAUGCACUCCAUCAUGCAGAACCUGCUUUCCAAAGAGGUGCUGUACCCGUCUCUGAAAGAGAUCACAGAGAAGUAUCCUGAUUGGCUGAGCUGUCACCGGGAGUCCCUCCCCCCGGGCGAGUUCAAGCGUUUCGAGGAGCAGCACAGACUCAUGGGAGAAAUCUGCCGGCAGUUUGAGAGUGCGGGGGGGGAGCAGUCUCAAUUCGAGAGCGUCCUGGAGCUCAUGCAGAAGCUUCAGGACCUCGGGCACCCCCCCAAAGAACUGGCAGGAGAGACGCCCCCAGGCUUGAACUUUGACCUGGAUGGCCUUAAUCUCCCAGGGGCGGGAGGCGGGGAGCAGUGCGCAGUCAUGUGACCGCCUCAACCGCCAGCUGAUUGGAGGAAAGCAAAUGCGUCGUCCUCCAAAAAAAAAAAAAAAACCUUCGACCAGACCAACGGUUUCAAACGACCUUGGAAAAUUAGCAACUGGACAGAGACUCGCACCCGCUGCCCCCAACCCUAACCCCUUCCCCCAAAUCACGUCGAAGCGUGACGUUCUGCAGAGAGACGUUUCGAUGACUAAAAAAAGGACUAAAAAGAUAACACAUUAAAAUGAGUAAAUCUUAAUGUUGAAUGCAGAGAUUUUCACUAAGCCUGUCUUAAACACUUCUGUGUGUGUAUAUAUAAAAAAAUAAUAAUUAAUACUUGAAGGAAGCAGCAGAAUUUUUUUUUUUAGCAGAAGAAAAUCUACCGCUUCCUUGUGAGGAACUGUUUUUAGCUUGUCCCAUGCUUUGCCUUGCCUCUGUGGCGGUUCGGAGACUCCUGUGUCUCGGCAGAGGAGACACAGCGGUUGGAAAGUGUUCCAGAGGCUGCUGGGAGACGGUGAAUUCACACAGGGUGACCGGAGAGGCCCUAGUUUUUAUUUUAAAACGGGAAACGUCUUUCAGGAAUUGAUUGUUAAAGAGUUAUUUAGCAGACGCUUUUAUCCAAAGCGAUUUACAGAGACUAGGGGGGUGAACUCUGCAUCAUCAACAACUGCUGCUGCUGCAGAGUCACUUCCAAUAGGAGCUUGUUUGUUUGACGUCUCAUCCUGAAGGACGGAGCACAAGGAGGUUCAGUGACUUGCUCAGGGUCAGACACACACAGGGAGUCAGUGGCUGCUGCAGAGUCACUUCCAAUAGGAGCUCGUUUGUUUGACGUCUCGUCCGAAGGACGGAACACAAGGAGGUUCAGUGACUUGCUCAGGGUCACACACACACACAGGGAGUCAGUGGCUGCUGCAGAGUCACUUCCAAUAGGAGCUCGUUUGUUUGACGUCUCGUCCGAAGGACGGAACACAAGGAGGUUCAGUGACUUGCUCAGGGUCACACACACACAGGGAGUCAGUGGCUCAGCCGGGUGAUUGGAACCUCCUCGUAUCCAGACCCCUUUUCUCUAAUCCGCUGGACCAGCGAGCCCUCAUAACCACUCACUACAGCAAGCAUGUGAACUUAUUGGUACCUGCGUCUGUGUGUUAUUCAGAGAUCUGUGAACGCAGACCUCAGCUGGGAUUAUAAACCCACACUCACUCUCACACACACAGAGACGCGUGUUCCUGCAGAUCAAACGACAUCAAUAAAUAAAUGGAGCUAGUGUUCAGAAUUUUGUUGUUUUUCAAAGAAGCGAAUUUGGUAGUGCAUGGGUUAAUUUUGUUAGCGGUUCACGGGUUCAGCCCUGCCUGUUGAUUGGUUUCUCGCUGCGCGAUGGUUUAAGAACUAUUUUAUUCUUUCCUCUCCAGCUGGAUGGCUACUGCAUCGUAAAAAAAAUCGACAUUUAAGAAAUGUUUUAUUUCUGAAUCGUUUUAUUUUUUAUUAAGAACACGGUUCUAAAGCACUACUUCGUCUAAUCGCAUACUGUACGUGUGAUUGUAACUUUUUAAAAAUAUUAAAAACAACAGAGAGAGUUUUAAAA